AUGGUUCAACACAAAUUGAAAACCAAAACAACUCUUCCAAAAGGUGUCAAACCGAAACAAAAGAAGGCCAAAAAAGAGGGACCGAAAAAGGGAAAAUUUUUGCACAUCGCUCCGAAAAAAGCGCACGUCAUUGAAGCCGAAAAAAUCGCUGCUCAUGUUACAAAAGUGAUCAAUGAGAAAAACGAGGAAAUGGUGAAAGGACGUGCUGAUACGGCGGUUGGAAAAACGACUAAAAAGUAA